AUGGCUCCUCACCCAGUUGUGGAACUAACUUCAGAAGCAUCUUGGAAUCUCGUCGAGGACAGGUUUACACCUUAUGGGAAAGAAACGCUCGCAAAACUAGUAUGUUUCCUUCAGGAUGAAAUUCUUCCAUCCGUGAAACUCGCACACGCGCAGCUUCCCAAAGACCCUGUGCAGCGAUGGAAAACGGUGAUUCCCGUAAUCGAGGAGCUCAAGGUGAAAGCACGUAAGCUCGGGCUGUGGAACCUUUUCCUAAGCAAGACGCAUUACCCUGAACACGGCGUCCCGUUGACCAAUCUCGAAUAUGCAGUUAUGGCUGAGAUUCUCGGACGUGGGGGACACUUAGCUUCCGAGGCUGUGAACUGUUCGGCCCCUGAUACCGGGAACAUGGAGGUCAUCGCGCGAUAUGGAUCUCCGGAACAGCAAAGGAAGUGGCUUGUUCCUUUGCUAAAUGGCGAAAUUCGGUCUGCUUUUGCGAUGACUGAGCGGUUUGUGUCUUCUUCGGACGCUCGCAACAUCAAAACCUCUAUCAAGAGGGAAGGAGAUGAGAUUGUUAUAAAUGGUCACAAAUGGUGGAUAUCGGGAGCGGGCGAUCCGCGUACCAAACUUCACCUCGUUAUGGGAAAGAGCGACCCAGACAAUGCGAACGUAUACCAGCAACAAAGUGUGGUCAUAGUGCCGGCAGACGCACCUGGAGUAAAGAUUAUCCGGCCAAUGGAAAUAUUUGGGUACGAUGAUGCGCCUGAGGGGCACUGUGAGAUCAUAUACGAAAAUGUGAGGGUGCCUGUGAGCAACUUGGUGCUAGGCUGGGGACGAGGCUUUGAGAUAAUUCAAGGCCGCUUAGGUCCAGGACGUAUUCACCAUUGUAUGCGCUCGAUAGGUGUGGCAUCGAGCGCUCUAGACCUCAUGAUCCAGCGCGUCACAGACCCUACCCGAAAGACUUUUGGCAAAUUCCUUUACCAGCACGGUACGGUAGUAGCUGAAAUUGUGCGGUCGCGGGCUGAGAUCGAGUCUGCACGUCUUCUUGUCAUGAGCGCAGCGCUUCAAAUCGACAAGCAACGGCCCAAGGGUGCGUUGAAGGAAAUCGGCAUUGCCAAGCUUGUCGUUCCUGCGAUGGCCUGCGGAGUGGUCGAUCGGGCUAUGCAAGCAUAUGGUGCCGAGGGUUUGAGCCAGGACCAAGAACUUGCGUCUAUGUAUGCUCAACUGCGGACGCUGCGGUUGGCGGAUGUUCACAUCCAACAGGUCGGUCAGCGUGAGUUGAAGCGUGCACCGGAACUGCAUAAGCGUGCUGCGGAACUGAAAGAAAAGGAGUUUGCUGUACUGUCUAAGGCGGGUAUGAAGGCUCAUCUGUGA